AUGCGAUUGAUAGAGAAGGUUUUUAAUCCUACGGGCAAAAAGCAUGCCGGCACGCUCAUAUUCUUGCACGGUUCUGGCGAUACAGGGAACGGUUUGACGGAAUGGAUACGAUUCCUUCUAGGCCGCGAUAUGGAAUUUCCGCACAUUAAGGUGAUCAUACCUACGGCACCUGUACAACCGUAUACGCCAAUGGGAGGUGAAAACUCUAACGUAUGGUUCAACCGAAAGCGUAUCGAAAUGGACUGUCCCGAAAUAAGAACCUCGCUAGCCUCGAUAUACGACACCGUCAAUGAAAUGGUAGUGCGCGAGAUGGCCGCUGGAGUACCAUUGAAUCGAAUCGUUGUCGGUGGCUUCUCAAUGGGUGGUGCACUGGCAAUGCACACCGGUUAUCAUCUGAACCGAGACUUGGGUGGCGUGUUUGCCAUCUCUUCAUUCCUGAACACCGGCAGCAUCGUGUACGAUUCGCUCGGUUGUAUUUCGGAUGACGAACAGCUACCAGAGUUGUUGAUGAUGCACGGCGAACGGGACACACUAGUGCCGCUCGAAUGGGGUCAAACAACGUUCGACGAGCUGGCCAAGCUUGGUGUACGGGGUCAGUUCGUGCCCCAUCGGACCGCACUACACGAAAUCAAGAAAGAUCAACUGCUGCGGGUUAUCGAUUUUGUGCAGAAGAUCAUACCGGAACCGAUGGACGAUGUGUUCGAAACCACGGCAAAGUCCGAUACGACAAAGUCUACCAAAAGUAUAAAGAAAGGAAAACUAUGA